GGCGCCAGAGUCUGAGAGUCGGCUGCGGCGGUUUCGGGUUUACCUUCACCAUGGGGAAGCGACAGCACCAGAAAGACAAGAUGUACAUCACUUGUGCUGAGUACACUCACUUCUAUGGUGGCAGGAAGCCAGAAACAACACAGACAGCUUUUCGCCGCUUACCUUUUGAUCACUGCAGUCUCUCUCUGCAGCCUUUUGUCUACCCAGUCUGCACCCCGGAAGGUAUCGUUUUUGACUUGCUGAACAUUCUUCCAUGGCUUAAGAAGUAUGGGACCAAUCCCAGCAAUGGAGAGAAACUUGAUGGGAAGUCCCUGAUCAAGCUGAACUUUGCAAAGAACAAUGAAGGGCAGUAUCACUGUCCAGUGCUGUAUUCCGUGUUCACUGACAACACCCAUAUUGUGGCCAUCAGGACAACUGGCAAUGUCUACACCUAUGAGGCAGUGGAGCAGCUAAACAUCAAGGCCAAGAACCUGAGGGACCUGCUAACUGAUGAGCCCUUUUCCAGGCAAGACAUCAUCACCCUACAGGACCCCACCAAUUUGGACAAAUUCAAUGUUUCCAGUUUCUUUCAUGUGAAGAAUAAUAUGAAAAUAAUUGAUCCAGAUGAAGAAAAGGCCAGACAAGACCCAUCUUAUUAUUUGAAAAAUACAAAUGCUGAAACCAGAGAGACAUUACAGGAGCUCUACAAAGAGUUCAAAGGAGAUGAGAUUUUAGCAGCCACCAUGAAGGCCCCUGAGAAGAAGAAGGUGGACCAACUGAAUGCUGCCCACUACUCCACAGGGAAGGUCAGCGCAUCCUUCACCUCUACUGCCAUGGUACCUGAGACCACACAUGAAGCAGCUGUCAUUGAUGAAGAUGUACUACGCUACCAGUUUGUGAAGAAGAAGGGCUAUGUGAGGCUACACACCAACAAGGGUGACCUUAACCUAGAGCUGCACUGUGACCUGACACCAAAAACCUGUGAAAACUUCAUCAGGCUCUGCAAGAAACAGUAUUACGACGGUACCAUCUUUCACAGGUCCAUCAGGAACUUUGUGAUCCAGGGUGGUGACCCCACAGGUACAGGCACAGGUGGCGAGUCAUACUGGGGCAAGCCUUUCAAGGAUGAGUUCCGUCCCAACCUUUCGCACACUGGCCGAGGGGUGCUCAGCAUGGCCAAUUCGGGGCCCAACACCAACAAGUCUCAAUUCUUUAUCACGUUCCGCUCCUGUGCUUAUCUGGAUAAGAAGCAUACCAUCUUUGGACGGGUGGUUGGAGGUUUUGACACAUUGACAGCUAUGGAGAAUGUGGAGAGUGACCCCAAAACUGACCGUCCCAAGGAGGAAGUGCGUAUAUGUGCGACCACAGUGUUUGUGGACCCGUACGAGGAGGCCGAUGCCCAGAUUGCCCAGGAACGGAAGAAGGCACAGCACCAAGUAGAUCCAGAGGCCAAGGUCAAGAUGAGCCAGCCCCAGCCUAGGAACCAGGGCCCCCAGACAUACCGCCAGGGGGUGGGCAAGUACAUCAACCCAGCAGCCACGAAACGAGCAGCAGAGGAAGAACCGUCAACCAGCACAGCUAUCCCCAUGGCCAAGAAAAAGCCCAGCCGGGGCUUUGGGGAUUUCAGCUCCUGGUAGCAGCAGGCUGGCCUCAUGGAUCCUGUUUUGGCCCCUAGGACCCUUAGUGUCGCCAUCCUCAUCUGUUGCCAAUGGUCUGGGAUUAGUGAGGAAGGCUGUGUUCUACCCUCCCCACAUGCCUCUGCCUCAGGAUGGCUGCGUAUCAACUCAGCACUGUUCCUCAGCCAGUGCCACCACCUAUGUAUCCUGUUAAAAAUGCAGAUUCUUAAGAGGCCCCUAUAAUUGCAGCAUUCAGAAUACCAAGGCAGGAGGAUUGAGUGUUCAAGGCCAACCUGGGCUAUCUAGAGAGACUGUCUCAAAAGAACUUUAGAUGUGGAGAUUGAAAUUGGUUCUCAGACCCUAGUCUGGAUCCUGAACAGGAGCUUCUACUCCCAGGCUACUUUGACAGGGUCCCAUGGGGCUUUAUUACCUUGACACCACUUCCAUAAAGCAUGCUUGGGACAGGCAUGUGUGUCCUGUCUACUUGGCUGCCUGCCUUUCUGCAUUAACCACGAUGAUGACCUGGUGAGCCCAGUUAGUCAGUAGCUUGUGCUGUGAUGACAGCCAAAGGUCCUUUAUAAAAAGGUGGCCUCCCAGCUGGGCAGCAGAGGCAGGCAGAUAUCUGUGAGUUUGAAGCCGGCCUGGUCUACAGAGUGAGUUAAGGACAGCCAAGUCUACACUACCCCUCAAAAAACAAAAACAAAAACAAAAACAAACAAAAAAGUGGCCCCAGUUACCAACUCCUUGUUUUGUGUUUUCAAACAGUCUGUCUUAGAAGUCACUGUGUAAGACCAAGCUGGCCCUGAACUCAGAGUCACCUGCCUCUGUCUAUUCCUAAGUGCUAGGAUUAAAGGUGUGCGCCAUCCUGCCUGGCUCACCACUGCUUUUGA